GGAAGGAGCUGACGGGAGCUGGGACCUCGGCAGCCAUCGCGCUUUGCAGUUCGAACUAGAAGGUUGUGGGGCGCACUCCAGGUGGGGAAUUGCGAUCUCUCCAUUCGCAGACCCAGUAAGAUUUCAAUAUGUCCUUCAUAUUUGACUGGAUUUACAGUGGUUUCAGCAGUGUGCUACAGUUUUUAGGAUUAUAUAAGAAAACCGGUAAAUUGGUAUUUCUUGGAUUGGAUAAUGCAGGAAAAACAACAUUGCUACACAUGCUAAAAGAUGACAGACUUGGACAACAUGUCCCAACGUUACAUCCCACUUCAGAAGAACUAACUAUUGCUGGCAUGACCUUUACAACUUUUGAUUUGGGUGGACAUGUGCAAGCUCGAAGAGUGUGGAAAAACUACCUUCCUGCUAUCAAUGGCAUUGUAUUUCUGGUGGAUUGUGCAGACCAUGAAAGGCUGUUAGAAUCAAAAGAAGAACUUGAUUCACUAAUGACAGAUGAAACCAUUGCUAAUGUGCCUAUACUGAUUCUUGGGAAUAAGAUUGACAGACCUGAAGCCAUCAGUGAAGAGAGGUUACGAGAGAUGUUUGGUUUAUAUGGUCAGACAACAGGAAAGGGCAAUGUAUCUCUAAAAGAACUGAAUGCCCGACCCUUAGAAGUUUUCAUGUGCAGUGUGCUCAAAAGGCAAGGUUACGGAGAAGGUUUCCGUUGGAUGGCACAGUACAUUGAUUAACAACCACUUGCAUCGGUUCCAGGUCUCACCAUUCAGGCCUACUCAUAGAUUUGAUCCAUUCAACAUGCAUAACUUGAAUUCAAUAGACUUUUGUUGGUUAGAAAACAGAUUUUUUUAGAUUAUUAAUAUUAUAUCAACUUAAUUUGAGUGCAAAUCGAAAACUGAUUCAAGUUUGAGUAUCACAAUGUUAGCUUUCUAAUUCCAUAAAAAUAGUUUAUACAGUUUAUAAUCUGACAUUAUCCCCAGUGCCAUUUAUAAAGAACAACUUUCCAGCAGUACAUUUGAAGCACUUUUUAACAACGUGAAGCUACAAAUACAAACCAUGUUUAAAAGCUCAUCAUGUUAAAUUUUUAUGUACUAUUUUGGAACUAGUUUUUAAAUUUUAGAUUAUAUGUCCACCUAUCUUAAGUGUACAGUUAAUAAUUAGGUUAUUGAUGAUUGCAUGAUGCCUUACAGUUUUCAAUAAUAUUUUUUCUUAUGCAAACGUCAUGCAAUAAAACACACCCUGAUGUUUGGCAUCUUUGUUGGGCAGGUGUUUCAUUUUAAUGUGUCUUAUCUAGCUAGUAUGUUCUGACAUUUUGAGCAUUUAAUAACAUACGUAUGAGGGGGUUGUGGGGCAAGGAGACCACUUCAGAAUUUUUAGGAUAAUGUGUAAAUCUCUAGAAGCUUUUGCAUUUACCAGAAGACACACUGUGUUUGGUUCCACCUUACACCACAUUUCUCUCUGCAUCGCGUGUAUUUGUCACAGUAAUGCUACCAUGAUUAAUGCUGAUGGGAUCCACCUCCUAGUUUCUGUGGGAUUGGUCUCUUGAAGAAAAGCACAUCUUCUGGUACAACACAGGGUUAAUUUGGGGUCUGACAGGCCUAUAGCUCCAUUCCAGUUGUCUGAUUCUGAAGUAUUCCAACUUACCGGUGCCCAGUUUGGUCAUUUGUGCCUUUUCACCAAAAAUAGUGACGGGCACCAGUGUCCCCACAUUUAGAGGUACUCCCCACUCCCUUUUACAUAAUGAUGCAACAGGUAGCACAGCACCUUGUGCGUAGUUUCAUUGUAGAGGCCUGUGUGAGGAGAAAGGAAGCCUGUUCUGCCGUCUGAGCUGCGUGGGGAUUCUGAUCCUGUCCUAUAGGUCUUUUGCAUUGUUUGGCAUAUUUUAUUUCUCAGUAGAAAUAAAUGAAUGCUUGUGUUCGAUUUUCUUUUUUCUUAAUUGCUGUCAGCUCUUACUUUAUAUUUAUAGCACAAAGUCUUUUUUGUUUUUACAAGUAAUGCCUGCUGUGUGAUAGCAUCUGCAAGCCUCACUGAUAGAUUAAUGUUUUAGGUAGCUUUUAGAGCACUUUAAUUUUCUAAGAAAUUGAGUAAUUCUUUUCCAUUAGGUUCUGAGAUUCCCAUAAUUACUAAAAUAAGCUGAAAGAUAAGUGCCAAAUAUGUAUUUUUAAAGACUCAAACUUAAGAGAGUUAGUUCUCUCUUGGUUAUAAACCAGGAUUUUAUAGUAUAUUUAACUAGUUCCAUUGAGAAUAGAUUGCUCCAUUCCAUAAAGAAUAAUUUUAAUAUCAGAAUUAGUGUUUUCUUUAGCUCUUUUCCAAAUCAGUUACUCUAGUUCUAUCAUUAAUAAUGGAACAUCUGAGACAGAUUAAGGAUUAAGGGAUAUGACUGGAAGGAAUCACCAGUUAGCUAAAUCAACAAGGUUAUUUCAACAUGACCUCUGGUUUUAGUAAUAUGGCUCUUCUGUUUCUUUCAAAUGAAAAUAAGAGCUUCUUCCCUGCUUAGAAUCAUCACUAGCAUCAUGGGAAAAGGAGGAGAUGACAUAUCAACCUGUUGGUUUAUUUUGCCAUGUGUAAUUCAAGUACUCACUUUUAGGGGCACCUGACUGGCUCAUUUUAUGGAGCAUUUG